CCUCUGUGCCCGCGCGCCUGUGCCCGCGCGCCGGACCCGUCCAUACAGCAGAGAACAGCAGAGAACAGCAGAGAGCAGAAGCGCAUCCAUCCUGCCGUGGAGCCGGGAGCGUGGAGCCGCUAGAAGCGCACAGAGAAAGAGAGAGAGCGACAGAAGAUGGACGGAGUGGGAUCGUUCGGAGCUGGCCGGGCCGGGUCCACCAUCGACCCGAUUGCCUUCGCCAAACAACCCCAGACCAUCCUCAGAGUGCUGUCCUGGAUAUUUUCCCUGGUGGUCUUCGCCUCCAUCGUGAACGAGGGUUAUGUCAACAUGGGCAGCGAGCGUCUCCACUGCGUCUUCAAUAAGAAUGCAGACGCGUGCAACUACGGUGUGUUCGUGGGCCUGGUGGGCUUGCUGGCGUGCUCCUUCUUCUUCCUGGUCGACUACAAGUUCUCCUCCAUCAGCUCUGUCAAAGACAGGAAGAAGGCUAUAAUGCUUGAGAUCGGCUUCUCAGGCUUCUGGGCCUUCCUGUACUUUGUAAGUUUCUGCUUCCUGGCCAAUCAGUGGUCUCGAACCACAGCUGAUGAGCUGCCACUCAACCAGGGGGCAGAUGCAGCCCGGGCUGCAAUCGCCUUCUCUUUCUUCUCCAUAAUCACCUGGGCUGGUCUAACAGUGCGUGCAGUCCAGAAGUAUCUGCUCGGCACGGACAUGACUCUGUUCACCACGGAGCACAUGGACGGCGGCGCGCCCACCCAGCCGUACCCCUCCAACUCACCGGUUGGCACCACUGAGACCACAGAGACCUACCAGAGCCCACCAUUCACCGAGAACAACGCAGCACCCACAUACCAGGUUCCCAUUUACUAGAUAAGAUAGACCUGAUGGUGGAAGAAUAAGAGAUGGAUAAGAGGAAAGUGAUAGAAAAUGGCUUUCUGUGAUGUUACACCUGCAGUUGUUAAUGUGUUGAGCUGGGCUGAGUUUUCAACAAUUGUUAAAGAAAAAAAAAGAAAAAGAAAAAGAACUGCCUCUUCUUUUUGUUCCCUCCUCUCGUUCCCUGUCCUUGCUUAACAUUCCAGCUUUAUCUGCUCUUUUCUUGACCUGUAUGUUAAAUUCAAUUUCCCACUUUCGCAAAUCCAGUGUCCUCAGAUCAGAACAGAUGAGAGCAAAUGAAGACAAAAGGAGGCCGUGUAAAAAGAGGAGGCCACUUUGCAGUAUGUAAACACUAUUUUGACAACAAAAUAAAUGAAGGGCUCAACAAGUGAGCGACUCCACCACAAAGCAGUAUCGGCAAACAAGUAGUGCAGAGGGCACUCACAUGCAGCACCUUCAUCUUAUUCCUUCCAUUCAUCAAAGUGUCAGAAUCCCCUUUCGUGCCAAAAAGAACGGGGAAUGUUGUUGUUUUUAGCUACAGUACGUCCGGUCUAGUCGUUCCUCCCACUUUCCCUGCUGCAGUUAAAAGUGAUCAUGUGUUGAGUCUGCAUGUUUCUAAACUUAGAGAUCAACUAAGUGCCAUACUGUACUGUGUGUCUCAGACAGUGACUUAAUUUAGUAGAUUUCCACAUGCUGUAAAAAAAAAAUAACAAUGUUUUGUGACUAAGUGCAAUAUCUCACAUGUAGGUCUCUAAGUAGGUAUAUACUGUACCGUAGGUAGGUUAGUUAGCGUCAGAUAAGACCAAUUGAGGCACUGUCUCAAAUAACAUGCUAGUCUUUGAAUUGUACUAACGAAUCUCAGGCAAAUGUCCAUAUUGUAAUAGUUGAUCUGACGUUGAUUCAGCGUCCCUGCAAAGUUUGCAAGAUAUGGAAAUGAUAUCUGUAUCUCACAGAUCCUUAGAGAGCUUUUCAUCCACAAAACAAUGUGUUGACAAUUUGAAUAGAUUUAGCAUUGGUCAACAAGCUUUUAUAUCAUCUUUUCAAGCAUUUAUGGGCUUCCUCGGUGUAGUGCAAUCCUUACUUUAAACACAUUUGAGGAAAACUGUCUCACAGUGCAAAAUAUUCCUUGAGUAUUUGUGUAUGAGGGUUAAUUUUACAGGUUUAUCAAUCUUAAGAUUCACUGGGGAAACCAUUAUUACUUUUCAGUCUGUUAUUUUUCUGAGCUAGGCAUGGAUGGAUUAUGGAAUGGGCCUUCUGCGGCACAGGCCCCGGGGGUCAGGGGGCCCCUGGACCAAUAGCCUCUUUUUGAAGUGAUUUUGAACAUUUCUUGUUGGAAAGUCAAUCAAACGACUGCAAGGACACACAAAACGGCCACAAAGAAGAAGGCAAGAGAGAGAGCUACAAAGAGACACAUCGGUCACAAAGAGAUGCAAAUAAAACUAUAAAGUGACACAAAAUGACUACAAAGAGACUCAAAAUCAUCACCACCUAGAGGGGUGGGGGUCUGUGCCCAGGGGCCCAUUGUCCCAUAAUCCGUCCAUGGUACCAGGGAAUGUAUGUAGUGUGUGAUUUGAGACAGUGUCCUAUAUUGGGUGGUCAAGUAGGAAGAUUUUGGGCAAGUCAGGUCUGUUUAUGUUUACGUUUAGGAAGCUGCCAAACUGCCCUGUGUUUUUAUUGCUGUCUUCUGAUUACCACAUUACUUCUAUGUUGUUAAUGUCUAUCGGAUUGUUUGUAAUCAAAAAGCAGAGGGGCAACAGAUGAGCUUUUAUUCAGCCAGGGCGGUUAUUCGGUGCAGUCUCAGGCAAAAGAUCUGUUUUUGGGAUGUUAAGGAUCAGUAGCUGGCUAAUUCAUUGAUCCUGCAAUCCUGCCAUUAAGGUGGAGGGGUCAGGAUUUGUUGCCAUUGUGACAGGGAUAGGGUUGUGGUGGAUGCUGGUCACUAAGGGCCCUGAUGUAGAUAGUAACCAUACCAACCAUUUUGGUGUGUAGCAGUUUCUGUGUCGUGGUUCACGUACACUCGCCAUCAGCGAAUCUGUAGUUGUGGUGUGUGUGUGUGUGUGUGUGUGAGUGAGGAGUGCGUCCAUGUGCAACAAGUGCACGCGUGUGAGACGUGUGGGUCUGGGUGUGAACAUGUGUGAAUGCGAGUAGUUAAUUGCAUUUUGUGGUGCAGAAAAGUUAUUUUCUUGAACAUGUGUUUGUCAAAGUUUUAGUGCAAAGGAGGAAAUCUUAAGUCUGUUACACCAUUUAGUCUUUUCCCCAAAAUAAAAAUAGUAUUUCUGCUAAAUAUUAUAUUAAUGUCAUUGUCACAAUAUAUGAAUUACAAAGUAUGAAAGUAAGAGUUUUGACGAACAGAGCCAAAAAUAAAACUACAUAUUAGAGGAAUAUAGAGCUGCGGAACGCCUUGCCUGCGUGAACAACGCCCUCUGCAGACAAGAGAAGGUACUGCAGCAGUGGCUUUCAUCAUGAAAAUAAUGCAUGAAAUUGUUGUAUAGAUCUAAUUAUAUAUUGGAUACUAUGUAAUUCUUAAGUUGACAAGCUGUUUCGCAAAGUGAGAUUUACCAGCCAUCAGUGCAGCUGACAGGAUUCCUUCUUGUGUGUUAUAUUAUAUUAAUCCCAGUCAUCAAAUAGUUAUCUCAACCUCAUGGUCUGAUUCUAACAUGAUAUGAAUAGCAGCUUGCAGAGACUCCAGGUAUGAAGUGUUCAAAUUCUUAAAGCAUGAACAAUUAUGUUAAAUAUGAAAAACUGCCAGUAUAGUUCUUUGAAUCCUGGGUAUUACUGGGCUGCUAGUGACCUGUUAACUGUGGUCAGGUGAGACUGGGGUACUGAUGGUGGUAUUAGGUACUAAUGGGGUACUAUUAGGUCGUUUGGGGGGUGGCUGUCAGGUCAGGUUGUAUUAUUGUUCUCAGUGCUUCGGUCUCUUCUUCAGUCAGUGUGGUAGAUACAAAUAAUAAAAGCAUUCUCUGUUUUGUGCUCUGGCCCAUGUACACUACUGUGGUAUUGGUUGGUUGUAAAAUUCAGUACGUUAUUAAAGUAAAUGGAACCUGUUUGUGUUGCCGUCUAGGGUAUGGUUUGUCCUGUACUACUGAAAACAUAGAAAUAAUAUGAUUAUUUAUUAACUAGAAUGCACUGUUUGUUGGAAAUACUUUGUUUGACCACUCUUAAAGGGGCCGUCAGCACUAAAAUCCCAAAAGUUUUAUGUCUUCAUGCUGUUUUGUUAGACUGAGACUAUAAACGUAACACGGGUGCCAUCAGUUGUGUGGUUUCCAGUAUAAUACAUUGCAUGGAUGUUACAAUAUCUCCCCCUUCAAUAUUAAAAAAAUUAACCCCCAUCAACGAACAAACAAGUAAACAUUGAUUUGAUUUUGUGCUAUACCCCUUUAACAUGUUUUUGUUGUUUCUUCCUGUUCUGAAGGUGUUCAGUGUAAAAACGCUGUGUACAGAGAUGUGUGUCACUGUCUAUUACCUGAAUGUCUCUGGACUGCAGUCUGACCGUCACUCGAAUAAAAAAGAAAACAUGUUUUGGAC